AUGGGGAACAUGGACGGGAAAGCCGUGGAGGAGCUGAGCACUACCGAGUGCCACCAGUGGUAUAAGAAGUUCAUGACGGAGUGUCCUUCUGGCCAGCUCACCCUGUAUGAGUUCAAACAGUUUUUUGGCUUGAAAAACCUGAGUCCGUCAGCGAACAAAUACGUUGAGCAAAUGUUUGAGACGUUUGACUUUAAUAAGGAUGGCUACAUAGAUUUUAUGGAGUAUGUGGCAGCUCUGAGUCUGGUCCUGAAAGGGAAGGUGGAUCAGAAGCUGCGAUGGUAUUUCAAGCUCUACGAUGUGGACGGGAACGGCUGCAUUGACCGGGGAGAAUUGCUGAACAUCAUCAAAGCUAUUCGAGCUAUCAACCGGUGCAAUGAAACGAUGACGGCCGAGGAAUUCACAAACAUGGUGUUUGACAAAAUUGAUAUAAACGGAGAUGGUGAGCUCUCCUUGGAAGAGUUCAUGGAGGGCGUGCAAAAGGAUGAAGUGCUUCUCGAGAUCCUCACCCGCAGCCUGGACCUGACGCACAUCGUCCAGCUGAUCCAGAACGACGGGAAGAACCCGCACGGGGAAGAACCCGCACGAGCCGGAGCAGGCGGCAGAGGCUGCCCA